ACUCUUCAUCGAAAAAAAACUCAAUAACUGUUCAAAAACAACUAUAUAAGUAUUGUAAGUGAUGUAUUAAAUCUUAAAUCAUAGAGUAAUACAAUAAUAUCUUAUUUGUUAGUUACGGUAGAAAAUAUGGUUAAAAUUAUUAAUUUUGUUCUUGUGAUCAUCAUUUUUUCUCUAUUUCUUGUCAUAACAAGCGUUGACGGUAACUUUGAGUACUUAUGUGAGAGUGAUGAUGAUUGUCUCCCAACUAAUAGUGGUUGCAAGACUCCUUUGAUACCUAUUUGUAUUUUCCGUAAGUUUCUCUGACUGUCCCUUCGCCAUGACCUUCAUCUUCAAUUGCAGCUACGGCCAUCACUCCACCACGUUCUCCCUCUUCCUCUGGUUCUCCGUCUCCGCCUCUGGUUUGUCGUCUCAGCCGCUGGUUCUCCGUUCUCCCUCCGCCUCUGGUUCGCCGUCACCAGGAAUGUCUUUGCUAGAAAGGGGUUACUUGUGAAGAGUGAAAGUUUGAUCUCAUUCAAGAAUCUUACAUUGUGUGGGUCUAGAAGUUGCUUUCUACUAUACAGGGGUUACUUGUGAAGAGUGAAAGUUUGACCGUUUUUGUUUAGCGUAAUUAAGACAUGUAUAAGACAUGGAUGAAAUCAAACCGAUUGUCGAAAGAGUACGAGAAAGGGGUAUGGGAAUUCGUUGAGUUUGCGGUUGCGCACUCCGAAGACCCGCUUCGAAUGCUGUGUCCUUGCUCGGGUUGUUGUUAUGGGGGUAAGGUUGACGGGAAUAAGUUGGCAUCCCAUUUACUACGGUUUGGAAUUGAUAGAAGUUAUACAUGUUGGACAAUGCAUGGUGAGAAAAGUAACGGGAAUGCUGAGUCGAGUUGUAAUAGGAAGUAUGCUUCAAACGACGAUUGCACAGACACAUACGAUUGCGAUCGAGUCGAAGAGAUUGCAGAAGCGCUUGAAGAAGAUCUUGCGGAUUGUCCCAAAAUGUUUGAGAGGUUGGUAAGCGAUGCAGAGAAACCGUUGUAUGAUGGUUGUUCAAAAUUCACAAGAUUGUCUGCGGUGCUAAAGUUGUACAACUUAAAGGCGGACAAUGGAUGGUCGGAUAAAAGUUUCACAGAGUUAUUAGCCCUUAUGAAAGAUAUGCUACCAGAGGAUAAUGUUCUUCCCAAUCGACCGUAUGAAGCCAAAAAGAUGUUGUCCUCUAUUGGCAUGAGCUAUGAUAAGAUACAUGCAUGUCCAAACGAUUGCGUUUUGUUUCGAAACGAGUAUGCCGCGUUGAAUGAGUGUCCUAAAUAUGGUGCCCCUCGAUAUAAUACAAAGUUUUCUCCUACUAAAGUCUUAUGGUAUUUUCCUAUAAUUCCGAGAUUUAGACGCAUGUAUCGUAGUGAGACCGAUUCAAGACACUUGACUUGGCAUGCAGAUGAAAGAAUUAUUGACGGAAAGUUACGACAUCCGGCAGACUCACCACAAUGGAUGAAAGUUGAUACUGAUUAUCCUGAAUUUGGAAAAGAAGCAAGAAACCUUCGGUUGUCAUUGUCUACUGAUGGAAUGAACCCGCAUGGUAUUCAAAGUAUCUCGCAUAGCACAUGGCCUGUGAUUCUUAUGAUCUAUAACCUACCUCCGUGGCUAUGUAUGAAGCGUAAGUACAUGAUGUUAUCUAUGCUAAUUUCUGGGCCUAAACAACCAGGGAAUGAUAUAGACGUAUACUUGGCACCCUUAAUCGAAGAUUUAAAGUUUUUGUGGGAGAACGGUGUGGAGGUUUACGAUGGGUAUAGGAAGGAAAGUUUCAACUUGAGGGCGAUGUUGUUUGGAACAAUUAAUGAUUUUCCAGCAUACGGAAAUCUAUCCGGGUACAGCAAUAAAGGUCAAAAGGCGUGUCCUAUUUGUGAAGACGAAACCGAUACGACACGAUUGGAGCUUUGUCAGAAGAAUGUCUUUCUCGGCCAUCGUAGAUUCUUAAAUUCUAAUCAUCACUACCGUGGGUGGAGAAAAGCAUUCAAUGGAAAGGCCGAACAUGGUACAACCCCGCCUUUUUUGUUAGGUGAUCAAAUUUUUGAAAAGGUGAAAGAUAUGAGCACUCAGUUUGGCAAGCCUUUUGCACAUUCACUUGUCAAGGGUGGGUGGAAGAAGAAGUCAAUUUUUUUUGAACUUCCAUAUUGGAAGUCGUUGUACGUAAGACAUUUCCUGGAUGUUAUGCAUAUUGAAAAAAAUGUAUUUGACAACGUCAUAGGUACGUUACUCAAUAUACAAGGAAAGUCUAAGGAUGGCCUUAACAUAAGGAAGGACAUGGUAAACAUGGGAAUGAGAACUGAAUUGGGACCCGUGACGAAAGGAAGACGAACAUAUCUGCCACCUGCUGUUUACACUCUAUCUAGAAAGGAGAAGAAAACAUUGUGUAAGUUCCUCAGUGAAGUUAAAGUUCCAGAAGGCUACUCUUCAGAUAUUAGAAGACUUGUGUCCAUGAAAGACCUCAAGUUAAAGAGUUUGAAGACGCAUGAUUGCCAUGUUAUAAUGGAACAUUUUUUACCAAUAGGUAUACGUUCUAUUCUGCCAGAAAAAGUAAGAAGCGCAAUAACUAAGAUGUGUUUCUUCUUCAGGUCUAUUUGCAGUAGGGUGGUCGAUCCCGCGAUCUUACCAACAUUGCAAAAAGAGAUAGUUGUUACUUUAUGUGAUCUUGAAAUGUAUUUUCCUCCCUCGUUUUUUGACAUAAUGGUUCAUCUAGUCGUUCAUCUUGUGAAAGAGACACAAUUGUGCGGACCAGCUUAUAUGAGAUGGAUGUACCCUGCUGAACGUUAUAUGAAAAUAUUAAAAGGGUACGUGAAAAUUAGAAGUCGACCGGAGGGUUGUAUUGCCGAACGAUACGUUGUUGAAGAAGCGGUUGAGUUUUGUACUGAAUAUCUGUCAAAUGUUCAAUCAAUUGGACUCCCCAAAUCUCAUAUUGUCGAAAAAAAAGCAGGAAAAAGGCUAAUUGGAAAUAAAGUUGUGACAGUAUCAAUGGUCGAACAUUGUGUAAGUUCCUCAGUGAAGUUAAAGUUCCAGAAGGCUACUCUUCAGAUAUUAGAAGACUUGUGUCCAUGAAAGAC